GAAGAAAUUGAGGGCCGGAGGUGUUUUCGCAAAGCUCUAAUUAAACCCAAUCCAAGAUACAUUCCUUUCAUCUCAGCUUUUGACCAGCUAUGGCAGCUUCUUCAUUCCAGAUUUGCAGGGACUUUGGGGCCGCACUGGGGCUCUUGCUUGUAGUCACAGGUAUGACAAUCACCAAAGCCUCUAGUGAAAGAAACACCACUUCUCAGAAACAAGGUAACACUUUCCUGAACGUGAUAAAUACACGUUUUGUUGCUGCAAGAUGGGGGGCCCGAAUUUCCCUUAGCUGUUCUUUUGGUUCUCUGGCAAGUUGGCAUAAAGAGACUGAGCAGGGCAAAUAUCAGGAGAUUAUGAACAGCUCCAGAGUCCAGGUGACCGGAAAUACUUCAACAGUAAUGAUGCAGAUCAACAAAAUUCAGCAUACUGACAAUGGCAUCUACUACUGUAAGAUCAAGGACUCAUUGAAGCAGUCCUGUGGCACUGAACUCAAAGUCAUGGGCAUCAGCAGUUAUGAGCAAGUACAGAGUCGGCACAACCUAAAAGAUGCUAUCAUCUUAAUCCAGACAAUUCUUCUCGUCCUUUUUGUGAGCAUACCUGUGUUCCUAACCCAGGGGAAGGGUGACAAAAAAGAUGCCUCUGGGGAGGAACACACUUACGAGGGGCUGAUGGUUGAACUAGCUGAUACGUAUGAAGACAUUGGUACUUACCAAGACAGAGUGGAGAAGUGGGAUUUGGGGGAACAUCCGUGUGAAGAAUGAAAGGGCUUGCAGCUUGAUAUGCCACAGCUGACUUAACCAAAGGGGCACCAAUUCCUGGGGCAACCAGGAUCCACUAUAAAAAUUCCACUCUAGAGAAGCUUAGGAAAAUUUGCUUAUCUCUUGCUUUGCAGCUGAACUGCUAGAACCUACUAAAAAGCAGCAUUCACGAGCUCCAGAUUCCCUGGGGUUGUUGAAUCAAAGGCAUACAAAUCAGGAAAAGGUAGAAGACAGGUGGACACAAUUUGAGGUACACCAUAAAAAUGAAAACAAAAACAGCUGAGAAGAGAGAUGAAUUUGUGAGUAGAUGGGUUUUCUGGCUUGAGUUUGCUCACACACUCUCUCUCCCAAAUUUCAUCUUCUUAACUGAAUAGGUUUCUGGCCCUCACUCCCAACUGCUAGGCAAUAAAGUAUUGAAUCUGAUAAACUAAUGUCUAACAUCACAUUAGUUCAGUUUCUUCAACCCGAUACCCUCCAGAUGCACUGGGACUACUACUCCCAGAAUUCCUUGCCAUGGUGGCCAUGGGGAAAAUAUCUGGAAUAUACAAGAUACAGGGCAAAUUCUACUGACAAUAAGAACUACAGUUUUGCAGUUAGGAUUUUCCUUCCCAAGACUCAUGUAAAAAAACUUUCUAGCGUCCUUAUGAAAGAAUUCCAAACGUAUCUG